UUGGCGGAGAAGUCGUCGGUCCUCUGAAACAACAGACUCAAGACCAAGGCAUGUGCACCCUCGCCAUCACAUUCAAGGGCGAUCCAGCGUCGACAAGCAAGACACCCCCGAACAACCAAGAACCAGGGCGCAAGCCGAAGUUCGGAAAACCAGAAGCGGUACAGAUCGAUCACACUCCGCACGCGACAAUCUCAGUGGCGAUGAGCGUGAGCGCCGACCUCUGGCACCGGCGCCUCGGCCACAUCAAUCCAAGUGCUAUGGAGAUUUUGCGGCGCUACCCCGCUACAGGUGUGAAAUAUGACGGAUCUGUAUCCCCGUGCGACAACUGCCACGUCACGAAGCACAAGAAGGCUCCCGUCCGGAAGAAGACCAGCCGUGUCCUGACCAAACCAGGCCAACUCGUCCAGUUCGACAACAUGGGACCAAUCGACCCGCCUGCGAAGUACAACGGACGCACAUACUCCUACGUCGCAAAAACGACCGACGUCUUUACCAGAAUGCGGGAAGUGUAUCUACUGCGCGACAGGACCGAAACCACGCAAGCUCUGCACGCCUACAACAUGCAAGUUGCAUCUGAAGGCUACAGCAUCGAGGUUCUACGCUGUGACAAAGGGGGAGAGAACCCUGGGGAAGAAAUGCGCAACUACUGUAGGGAGUCUGCGAUCAAGCUGGAAUUCGCCGCGACCAACACGCCCCAAGAAAUCGGAGUGUCAGAAAGGGAUGGCCAGACACUUGCGGCUGUGACUCGAGCUCUACUGCGCGAUGGAGACUUCCCAAAACACAUGUGGGGGGAGCUCAUGAUGACUACAGCAUAUCUGACCAACAGGAUCGCACACGCGGCGCUAGGGGGAGCCACGCCGUAUUCCAAGAUGUACAACACAACUCCGGACCUUUCUCGACUUCGUGCCAUCGGCGCCCGCGCGUACGUUCAUCACGAGCGAUACAAGAAGAAGCUAGACGAUCGGGCCUUUGAAGGCAAGCUCUGCGGUUACGGACCUGACAGCAAGACGUACCGGAUCUACGUGGAGGGCAAAGACAAGACCGUCUCGGAUAUGAACAAGAUGUGAUGAACUUCACGUCAUUGCUC